AAGCGGAAAAACCUUCAGCCGAAAUUGCUCCAUUGGCGUGCAUCAAUAUUUCGGAGAUGUCCGUUGAAAUGUACAUGUAACAUCUACGCAUUCUAGAAGCACAUGGAUUUUAUAUUUUGCAGGCGGCUCAUUCAUAGUGAGUUAUUAAUGCAGUUGAAAAUAACUUAUCCGUUAUCGCCCGGAAGAGGGCACUUAUCCAGGACACCUGUACUUUUUACAUUUUGGCGGGAUUCUCCGAAACACGUGUGAAUAUUUUGAUUCAGCAAGGUUAUUUGGCAGCCAGACUGUGUUUUCACUAAUUUAGUUUAACAGAGUGUAAAACAGAAAAUACGAUCGCGCUAGGAAUUAACGACAAAUAGUUCUGAAGGUGUUGAUGCAGUGCCUUUUCCUUUUUCUUCACCCUUGUCAUUGACACUGCACGGAGGCCCACGGUUAGCUGUUUGAGUAGAAAAUAUUUCGAGGUAACCCCAUAGAGGAGAGGAUAUGACAUCCGCAGAGUAGACACUACCCUCAGAUUGGAUGAAGAACCGCCCUGUAAGCUGAGACUGACUGAAAAGGCUACGACCGAAGUCUGUGCUGGAGGAGACACAGUUAUUGAAGAUUCAAGGGAAAACAACAUGGCCAAACCAUUAUCAUUUGUCACUGGUAAUGUCAAGAAGCUAGAGGAAGUUGUCCAAAUAUUAGGGCAGAACUUUCCCAGAAAGGUGGUUAAUGUCGACCUAGAUUUGCCGGAAUAUCAAGGUGAUCCUGACACAGUCUCGCAUGAGAAAUGUCGGACAGCUGCAGAGAGGCUGCAAGGCCCUGUCAUGGUGGAAGACACGAGCCUGUGUUUUAAUGCCCUGGGAGGGAUGCCCGGCCCCUAUAUUAAGUGGUUCCUCGAAAAAAUAGGCCCUUCAGGUCUUCACCGAAUGCUGCAUGGUUUUGAGGACAAGUCCGGAUAUGCCCUGUGCACAUUUGCGGUGUGCGAGGGUCCAGGACAGGAAGUGCUUCUGUUUAGAGGGAAGACGGACGGAACCAUUGUUGACCCCAGAGGUCCAGCCAAGUUUGGAUGGGAUCCUUGUUUCCAGCCAAACAACUUUGAUCAGACCUAUGCAGAAAUGCCGAAGGAAACCAAGAAUGGUAUUUCUCAUAGAGGGAAAGCUCUUAAAGCUCUUCAGGAACAUUUCUUAAAGACUUCUUGGCAAUAAUUUCUUUAUCAUUUCACCUUGUAACAUAGAAACUUGCAUUUA